UUUAUUUUAUUUAAUGUCAUCAUGAAUGGCACAUUUAAAAAACAAGACUCUUUUUUAUAAAGAUGAAAAAAAUAAUGACGAAAUGAUUGGCAAAUUUACGCCACCUAUAAUACUAGCAGCAGUAGGCGGCGUAACGUUUCAACCUAGUUUGUUAUCUUCAAAUUGAAGGUCAAUCCAGCGUUAAAAUCACACUUUAAAUGCAAAGCUCAGGGAUCAAGUGAUAUUCAAUGUGCGAACUUGAACGACGAGCAUUCUCAAAAGACGACAGUGUAACUGACCUAUUCACUGGGGAUCAUCAUCGCGAGCACUUUUUUAUAUUAACAACAUGUCCAAUGUGUGUAUGGGCUUGACAAAUGCAAAGACUAUCAAAGCUCUUAUUCUUGGCGCACCAGCUUCUGGUAAAGGCACAAUUUCUUCCAGGAUAGUUAAUUCUUUUGGAUUUACUCACAUUUCUAGUGGAGAUAGACUGAGAUAUCAUGUGACUCAUCAGACAGAACUUGGAAAACGGGUGGAAAAGUACAUGAACCAAGGUAAUUUUGUACCGGAUGAUAUUAUGAUUCAAUUGAUCAACAUUGAAUUGAAAUCCGUGAGGAAUGGAAAUCUUCUACUUGAUGGAUUUCCACGCACAGUUACGCAGGCUGAGAAACUUCAGCAAGUGCAUCCAAUGAAUCUCGUUUUGAACUUGAUUGUUCCUCACUCUGUAAUAAUCGAGAGAGUGAAAAACCGAUGGGUGCACCUGCCUAGUGGACGAGUUUACAACGUUGGCUUCAACGAUCCCAUACUUUGGGGCAAAGAUGAUGUAACUGGUGAGCCAUUGAGUCAAAGAAUCGACGACAGACCGGACUUAGUAUCGAGGAGGUUGAGUGAUUACGUAGUUAAAACACAACCAGUGAUAGAUUACUACAAGAAGUUGGGAAUUCUUAAAGAAUUCAAAGGGUCACUUCGGGGCAACUCUCUUACUCGUGGGGCAGCUGUGGCACGAGUGAUUUCUUCCAAUCAUCCUCACCUCUUCCUCUCGAUUACGGCGAUAAUCCGUGCUAAUCGGGAGUAUUCGUGAUUGUGUGUCCUUUUCCUUCUUUCGACACGGGGGACUCGCUCCAGGGAUGCCUCCUUCUUCCGGGAUCAUGUGGGGUCCUCUUCCUUGAUGCGUGAGUGGUACGGCGAGGGGGAGUAGGGGCGGGGAUAAGGAAGAUCUGGGGAUGGAUUGUCCAACGGCGGCAAAAAGAUUAACUUAAAUCUAACUUAGCCUAAGAAAAAAUUCUGCCUCGUCACAAUUGUUACAUCGGUGUCAGAAGUUGGAUGAUUUUUUUUCUUAAAACUUUGAAAAUUGAAAAGUGAAAAUAAGUUUUCCUAGGAGUUUCCGUUCCUCACUAAAAAAAAAAUAUAUGCUAAUGUGAUGUAAUGAGAUUAAGCAGUACGUCGGAUUUUAGAAAUAAGAUAUGUUUAACACGUAAAACAAUGGAGGAUAGCGAGAACGAGAGAGAUAAUCCCUCUUUCCUGUCAUCGAGACAUGGCAUCAGCAGUCCCACGGUCAGAUAGAAGUCCAGCUCUAGGUACGGUGAGCUGUUUGACUGGCUUGGCAUGAGUGCUGUCAGGAAUUCAACAUCGAAAACUUGCCGUAAGACUCAUCAUUAUUAUAUUACGGAUUAAUUACGCAAGUGGUCAAUGUGAGCUCGACGCAAAGCUAGUCAAGGAACAAGUGACGGAUACAGAAUAUUCAAUAGGCAAACAAAUAACUAAUGAUUAUUAUUUGAAUUUAACAAUUAUAUGUAACAUAUUCGAUUUUUGGCCGAAAAUAUAUUUCAUUUAUAUGUCAGAUAUAUGCCGAAUAUAUGCGUGCAAUAAAUAUGUGCUCCCACAUAUUUAGUGUAUAUGUGAUAUAUAGAAUUUUUGCAAAAUAUAUGUGCAUAUAACCGAUAUAUAUUUCCCACAUAUAUACCGUUUUGCAUGCAGGAUAUUUUGCGCUGGAUAAUAAGGACGUAAAUAUCGAAUGUGGGAUUUACCACUUCAUCCUUUAUCAAAUAUAGAAAAACAA